AUGGGACACGAAGGAAACGGAAAAAUUCCCUUCACCAUGCGCUCCCUUGCCACUGAAAAGUACUGCAAGCCUGAUGAGUACCGGCUGCUACCACUCCCAGUCCCCCAAAUCACCGGCAAAGAUGAGAUCCUGAUAAAAGUCCACGCCGCAUCGGUCAACCCUAUUGAUGUCAAGGUGGCGUCGGGAUUGGCGAAGAUGAUAUUGUCAACCAAAUUCCCGCAUAAACUUGGAUACGAUGUUUCCGGCACGAUCGCUGCCGUCGGAGAAGGUGUCGCAUCUUCUUGUCCCGAGCUCAAGCCUGGCGUCGAAGUCUACUCGCGCGUGCCCGAGGAGUGCCGGGGAACAGCAUCCGAGUACGCUCUAUCGACUGUGUCCGCAACGGCGGUUAAGCCCACUUCCCUCUCCCACAUCGAAGCGGCAUCCGUACCACUGGCAACGCUCACGACGCUGCAAGCUCUGGAUAUAGCCAAUAAAAACCUUGACGGCGGACUGAAGGGGAAAACCGUGUACAUACCAGGAGGCCUCUCGGCGACGGGGAGUAUGGCAAUUCAAUUGGCCAAGAACGUCUUCGGAGUAGCCAAGGUCAUCACCACGGUUUCGACGUCCAAGGUGGUCAAGGUGGCAGAAUUGCUGGGGAAAGACGCGGCGGAUCAGAUAAUCGACUAUACAAUGGAAGAUCCCACGAAGAUCAUCACGCCCGGCUCUGUGGAAUUCAUGUACAACACCAUGAACCAGGGAACGACAUGUCUUCAUCUCAUGAAGAAGGGCGGCGUCAUCGUCAGUAUCAGCGGCGCCGCAUUUGGGCCGGAGUUGAAGGAGAUCGCGCCGGACAUGGCAUUCUCUUUGCGUUGGAUUAUGAACACGAUAGGUGCAUUUAUCCAAUACCGCUCGCAGAGAUACGGCGUCAAGUAUCUGCGUCUUUAUAUGCGGCCGAGCGCCGAUGAUCUAAACAGACUCAGUCAAUGGUUCGAUCAAGGGCUCAUCAAGACCGUCGUGGGGAGAGUUGCGGAGUUGGAUGAUGUAGAGGACGUUCAAAAAGGAUGCCAGGAAGUCUUUAGCGGGAAGGGUGGCGUUGGGAAAUUCGUGAUUGAGGUCCAUAAACCGGAGAAAUCGUCACAAGAAACUGUGAGAUCAUAA